AUUUUGUCAAAUCGCACCAUGCUAGCGCAUGGCUAUGGAAAAGGAUGGGUCACGGCGUCCGCCGCAAGUCGCAACGCAACUCAGCGACGCCUCCGUCAGUAUCGAUCUUGAGUCAAAGGAGACGACGCGUGGUGGAUCAUGGCUACCCCCGGCCCGAAGGAGGCGACGACCAGUGAGACGCAGCAGGACGAGGAAAUAACUGUGGAGGGCGAGAAGGGGGACGUUAAAACGAUUGUAGAGGAGACCAAAACGGUUGUGGAGACUAAGACGGUUGUGGAGGGUGAGGAAGUGACGACUGUAGAGCAGGUGACGGAAAAUACGAUUAAAGAGCAAACGGUUGAAGAGCAAACGGUCGCGUCGGCGGAGGAAGGCGCUGCUAUCAGCGCUGAAGCCGUGGAAGAGAUUGCUAAGUCCAUCGCUACUCAUGACGCCGCUGUGGAGAUCGACUACUCCGUGGCCGCCACUCUGGGGAGCUCCGUAGACGGGGAGAGCGUCAAGACUGAGGAUUUCGCGGGAGAGGAGGCCUUCCUAGAGGAGAGUAGUAAGAAGGCGGAAGUGGAUCUUGCUGCACUUGCUGCUGCGGAUGAAACUGCUGAGUUGGAUCGCGAGGUAGAGACUGAGACCACAGAAACCAAAGAGACCUCGACGAAGGAAGCAGCCUCCACCAUUGAGAUGAAACUCGAGGCUGAGGAGGGCGACGUAAGUGCCAAAGAACCCUCGGAAGCGGACGUGAACUCAGCUGUGGACGACGCGUCUGAAAUGGACUACUCGGUCGUUGCUACGGUGGGCAGCUCCGUUGACGCAGACAGUGUGUUCAGUCUCGACGACAUGCGUGACUCGACCGAUGGAGACGCGGUGGAGGAAGAGAAUACUACGCAACAGGUGAUAAGCACGGAGACCAAGACAACAACUGAGCAAUCGGAGAGUACGUCUGAAGUGGAGGCGUCUGCAUCGGUGGAUUUUCAUUUGAGUGACUCAAACGCCUCGUUGGAGACCGAUGAGCCGGAGUCGGAGAAGACGCCGCCCAAGUCCGUGAUCUCGCGCUUGUCUGAUAAGACAGAGGCGCACCGUACGGAUUCAGCAGCGAAUUUGGAGCUCAAGACGCCCUCACCGGUGCAAACCAUCGUGCAUCACCUCGAAGGGCACGAAGAAACGUCUCCAACAACUCACCGUACUCCGUCGGCUGCAAAACUGGAUCUAAGCGGUUCGUCGCCGGUGAAACAAGUGGUACAUCGUCUGGAGACCCACGAAGAAGAGGACAAUGCGUUGGACAGCCUCAAGUUCCGCACGAAGCGCGAGUUCUUCACGGAGAAGCAACGCAGCAUCUCUGUCAGUGCUGAACGGGAGAAGUAUAACGCUCAGAUGGCUCAACGUGCCAAGGAAGAGGCAGAAGCCAAGGAGCGACCGAAGUCUCCUGUUAAACCUAAGAAGGGCUCCGUCGUGUCAAGUGUGCGCAACAUGGCAAGUCGAUUCGAGAAGAAGGCAGAGCAAUCUCUAGACAACUUGUCGUUCCGUACAGUGCGCAGCUUUUUCCCGACUGAAAAGAGCAUCCACGUUGGCGCUGAGAAGCAGAAGUACGAGGCUUUGGAGAAGGAAAAACAAGCCCAGAAGGAGACGGAGACUGCAACCGAGGCAGCAUUCAGUACACCGACGAAGCCCACGCGCUCGGCUACGCUCACUAGCGCUCACACUCCUGAGCCGGUUGCUCGUCGAUACACCGUUACUGAAGAGAGUCCGGGCGGUGUACGAGGCAUCGCGAGUCGGUUCGAAACCAAGCGCGCGAACUCAGUGGUCACCGCUCCCGUGCGGACGAUCGACUCGUUUAUCGUAUCUGACAGCGAGGCCAGCGUUCGUGUAUCUGCUGAGAAGGCCAAGUUUGAGAACAAGGCCAACACUUCCACUCCGAUCAAGCGGACGAUCGAUUCGUUUAUCGUUUCUGACAGUGAAGCUAGUGUCCGUGUGUCUGCGGAGAAGGCCAAGUUCGAGAACAAGACGAGCACGUCCACACCUGUCAAGCGCACGAUUGAUUCGUUUAUUGUCCCAGAGAGCGAAGCCAGUGUCCGUGUGUCGGCGGAGAAGGCCAUGUUCGAGAGUCAGCAGAAGUUCGCUACACCAGUCAAGCGUACGAUUGAUUCGUUUAUCGUUCCCGAGAGCGAGGCCAGUGUCCGUGUGUCGGCGGAGAAGGCCAUGUUCGAGAGUCAGCAGAAGUUCGCCACACAAGUCAAGCGCACGAUUGAUACGUUUAUCGUGUCAGAGAACGAAGCGAGUGUCCGCGUGUCAGCUGAGAAGGAGAAGUUCGAGUCGCUGGAGAAGCAAGCCACGGGUCCUGCUACGCGAACCAUCGACACGUUUAUUGUGCCGGAGAGUGAGGUGAGUAUUCGAGUUGCGGCUGAAAAAGCGAAGCUGGAGGCGUUGGAGAAGCAGAAGCAGAAGGAGCUGGAGGAACAAGCGGCGAUCGAACAGCAGAAGUUGGAACGGGCCAAGUUGCUGGCAGAGGAAAAGGCGAGGCUCGAAGCAGAGGAGAGGGUGAGGUUGGAAGCAGAGGAGAAGGCGAGGUUGGAAGCUGAGGAGAGGGCAAGGUUGGAAGCGGAAGAAAAAGCUCGACUGGAAGCUGAAGAAAAGGCCAGGCUGGAAGCUGAGGAGAAGGCCAGGCUGGAAGCUGAGGAGAAAGCUAGGCUGGAAGCUGAGGAGAAGGCUAGAUUAGAAGCGGAAGAACAGGCCAAGCGUGAAGCAGCGGAGAAGGCUAGAUUAGAAGCGGAAGAACAGGCCAAGCGUGAAGCGGCGGAGAAGGCUCGAUUGGAAGCUGAGGAGAAGGCAAAGCUAGAAGCAGAGCAGAAGGCAAAGCUAGAAGCCGAGAAGGCCAUGCUGGAGGCUGAGGAGAAAGCACGAUUGGAAGCGGAGGAGAAAGUAAGACUGGAAGCUGAGGAGCAGGCUAGAAUUGAAGCGGAAGAACAGGCCAAACGUGAAGCGGCGGAGAAGGCUCGAGUUGAAGCGGAGGAGAAGGUAAAGCUAGAAGCAGAGCAGAAGGCGAAGCGGGAAGCACAAGAGCAGGCCAAACGUGAAGCCGAGGAGAAGGCAAGGCUGGAAGCAGAGGAGGAAGCUAAACUGGCAGCGGCGGAAAAGGCUAAGCUUGAAGCUGAAGAGAAGGCCAGACUGGAAGCUGAGGAGAAAGCUCAACGUGAAGCCAUCAAAGCGAUCGACGAGGCUAAAGCUACAGAGGUAAAGAGAGGAGAAGAAGUUGUAGAGACCGCAGUGGUAACGGAGACUGUGGUAGCCACCGUAACGGAGACCGUCCAGGAUGCCGAGGUGAUAACGGAGACCAAAGAGACCAAAGAAACGCUGAUGAUCCAGGAGACUGAAGCCGCUACCGAUGGCGAAGUGGUCGAAGUAGUGCAGGAGACGAAGGAAAUCACAACAACCCAAGAGGUUACGGAGUCUGAGGUGGUGACAACGACUGAGACCAAAGAGACGAAGCAGGUUCAAGUGACGGAGGAAGUAGAGACCGAAGUAGUUCAGGAGGUUGAUGUAGUGCAGGAGCAAGUGACCGACGUCCAAGACACCAACGAGACUGUGCAGGCUGAUCGGGAGCCUCCUGUCCGCUCCCCCAGCCUCGUGGAAGUUACAGUGGAGCACCAGACAUUCGCCGACGUGGUCUCUACUGCCCAGCACGUGCACUGGCUGUCCAUGCCCGCCACUGCCAACCCUGCACUCGCGCGUCUUCACACGGUACUGAACGACCAAGACCCGCUCACGGCGUACGCUCUGUAUCCUACCAGUCCGACGUCCUCGGCGCAUGCAGCGGACGAAGAGGAGUUGCCGUUGCCCCAUAUUCCCACGUCCGAGCCGCCGUCCCCAACUAAGUGA